UUGUUCGUUGUGGAGUUGGGAAUAGUGAUGUGCAGCUGGAGGAUUGUAUCUCUGGUUGGAGGUGGUGGCGAAGGUGCCUCGUUCAAAGAGAGAGUACACUCAUUGACAAUGAUGCUCGUCUCUGAUAUAUUCACAGUGUUGAUGUUAGUGAUCACUCUAGUACUCUUCUGUUGGAGAGCCAAGCGUAUGAUAGGCUUGUUACGCUCAAGCCCAUCAAACAAAUGGAAGAGUAUUGUAAGCGAGCAGUUCUAUGAUGGAGGUGUAGAGUUCUGUUGCUUCACAGCUCUGUUACUUAUAAAGUGGCCAGUUGUCUUCCAAACUCUUUGGACUAAAGAUCCACAGGAGCAAGAGAAGCUGACUUGGUAUGACAUAUUCAUCAAGGAGUUCACAAAGAACUCACCAGUGUCGGACUUGUUUACAGGAGGUUCAGCAUCGUCGUCGGCUGCAUCAGGUGGAGGUACAGGAGGCGGAUCAUCUUCUUCAUCUUCAUCAUCUUCAUCAAGAGGUACACUAUCGGAUGAGGAGUGGAAGAGAGCAUUCCGUACAGAUAUGAAGAGUAUUGGCUUUGAGUUUGACAAGGAUGGCGAGAUAACAAAGUUCCCUCCAACAGAGGUGAUGGAACAGUAUCAAAAAUCCGACAAGUUCCGUGAGCUAAUCCUACAGGCAUCGGGCGGCCCACAAAGAAAGUCCGAUGAUAUCACAAUCAAGGAUAGCUCACAACAACAACAGCAGCAACCUACUACAGAACAACAGAAGCCUGCCGAACAGAAGCAGCAUCAGCAUAAUAAGCAGCAGGAAUCCAACAAGAAGAAGAAGAAGAAGAAU